UUUCUGCAGCAGGGCAUGGUCAAAGGCGUAAAGGAUGAGGGAAUAAAGCAUUUUAGUCGUGGAGAAGGGGCGGCCACUGUCCUGUGCGCAGCAUAUGUUCCUGAGGAGGAAUUGAAAGCAGCAGAAAUAGAUGAAGACAGCGUGGAAGAUGAUGGGCUGUCUCUGGACAUCCAGGAGAAUGAGUAUUUGUGCAAUGAAGAAGCGGAGAUCAAAGAGGCUCAAAGCUACCAGAACUCCCCAGUCAGCACUGCAACUAAUCAGGAUGCAGGCUAUGGUUCGCCGUUUAGUGAAAACAGCGAUCAGCUGGCCCAUUUCAAAAGCACUUCCUCUAAAGAAGAGAAAGAGGAUCCUCAGUGCACAGACAAUGUUUCCUAUCCACAGGACAGCUUGGCACAAAUAAAAGCUGUGUAUGCAAAUUUGCUUUCAGAGACUUGCUGGUCCAGUUUAGCUUUGGACUUAAAGAAAUCCAAUCAAACCACCAGCAACAAUGGAAUCAGCCAGAAUGAAAACACCAACAGUACUGACACCAACGCCAAUUCCCAGAGUACUAGCACUACCAGUACCAACACUAAUACCAGUACAACUACCAGUAGUACUAGCAACAGUAAUAAUACCAGUAACAGUGGUGGCUCAGGUUAUGACUGGCACCAAGCUGCAUUAGCUAAAACUUUGCAGCAGACCUCGUCAUACGGACUUCUCCCAGAGCCUAGUCUUUUCAGCACAGUACAGCUUUACCGGCAAAACAAUAAACUUUAUGGGUCUGUGUUCACCGGUGCUAGUAAGUUUCGAUGUAAAGACUGCAGUGCAGCCUAUGACACACUGGUGGAGCUAACAGUGCACAUGAAUGAAACUGGACAUUACCGUGAUGACAACAGAGACAAAGAAGCUGAUAAGACCAAACGGUGGUCAAAGCCGAGAAAACGAUCACUUAUGGAAAUGGAAGGCAAAGAGGAUGCUCAAAAAGUGCUGAAGUGCAUGUACUGUGGGCAUUCGUUUGAGUCCUUGCAAGACCUCAGUGUCCAUAUGAUAAAAACAAAGCAUUACCAGAAAGUGCCUCUGAAGGAGCCAGUACCAGCCAUCACUAAAUUGGUCCCUUCUACCAAAAAGCGAGCACUUCAGGACUUAGCUUCACCUUGUUCACCGGAGCCAACAGGGAUCGCUGCAGAAGCUUCACUGGGUGAAUCUGCAAAGGAUCAGAAAACUGCCAACCCCUACGUGACUCCAAACAACCGCUAUGGCUAUCAAAAUGGUGCUAGCUACACGUGGCAGUUUGAGGCACGCAAAGCCCAAAUACUGAAGUGCAUGGAAUGUGGCAGUUCCCAUGACACGCUGCAGCAGCUCACUGCUCACAUGAUGGUCACUGGUCAUUUUUUGAAGGUGACCAAUUCUGCUUCCAAAAAAGGCAAACAACUAGUACUGGACCCUGUGGUGGAGGAGAAGAUACAGUCUAUACCUCUUCCACCCACCACCCACACAAGACUACCAGCCUCCAACAUUAAAAAGCAGCCUGAUUCCCCGGUGGGCUCCACAAACUCGGAAGAAAAGAAAGACCCAGAGAAGGAAAAAGUGGUGGUCAGUGAAACAGAGAAAAAGAUUAAAGAAGAGAAUGAGGACUCUACAGAGAAAUUUGAGCCAACGACUUUGUAUCAGUACCUCAGAGAGGAGGACCUAGAUGACAGUCCUAAAGGCGGAAUAGACAUAUUGAAAUCCCUCGAGAACACGGUGACAACAGCUAUCAGCAAAGCUCAGAACGGAGCACCUUCCUGGGGAGGGUAUCCCAGUAUUCAUGCAGCUUACCAGCUCCCAGGAACAGUCAAACCCCUUCAGCCCGCUGUGCAGAGUGUUCAAAUGCAGCCAUCUUAUGCCAGCAGUGUAAAAUCACUGUCUUCAGAACACAACGCGCUCAUCCAUUCCCCAGGCAAUCUCACACCCCCGCCUCACAAGAGCAAUGUAUCUGCUAUGGAAGAACUGGUGGAGAAAGUUACAGGUAAAAUCAGCGUGAAGAAGGAAGAAAAGCCUCUGGAGAAAGAGAAGAGUUCUCCAGUCAAACCCAUGUCACCUGCUGCUAAAGAAAACAAAGACUUCCCCAAAUCGGAAGACACGAAUAACAAACAGCAGCAGAAGAAAAGCUCCGAGGCAGAAGUUCAGAAGGUCAAAAAGGAUAGUCCAGCAGAAGCACAUACUCCAAAUGGUACAGAGCCACUAAAAGCAAAGGUUGCAAACGGCUGUAACAAUUUAGGAAUCAUCACAGACCAUUCACCUGAGCCAUCCUUCAUUAAUCCAUUGAGCGCUUUACAGUCCAUUAUGAAUACUCACUUAGGCAAAAUUUCUAAGCCGGUAAGCCCCUCUCUGGACCCUUUGGCCAUGCUGUACAAAAUUAGCAACAGCAUGUUGGACAAACCCAUUUACCCAACCACCCCGGUCAAGCAGGCUGAUGCUAUUGACCGGUAUUACUAUGAGAACAGUGAUCAACCUAUAGAUUUAACCAAGUCCAAAAACAAACCUCUUGUUUCCAGUGUGGCUGACUCUGCCUCGUCUCCGCUAAGGGAGAGCGCCCUGUUGGAUAUUUCUGAUAUGGUGAAGAACCUCACAGGGCGUUUGACACCCAAGUCUUCAACUCCAUCUACUGUGUCAGAGAAGUCGGAUGCUGAUGGGAGCAGUUUUGAGGAAGCUCUGGAUGAACUGUCACCAGUACACAAAAGGAAGGGCAGACAGUCCAACUGGAACCCUCAACAUCUUCUGAUCCUUCAAGCCCAGUUUGCUUCCAGCUUGAGGGAGACCCCAGAAGGCAAAUACAUUAUGUCGGACCUAGGUCCACAAGAGCGGGUACACAUCUCUAAGUUUACUGGUCUUUCCAUGACCACAAUUAGCCACUGGCUGGCCAAUGUGAAGUAUCAGUUAAGGAGGACAGGUGGAACCAAAUUUUUAAAGAAUUUGGACACUGGACAUCCUGUUUUCUUUUGCAAUGAUUGUGCCUCUCAGUUCAGGACUGCUUCUACAUACAUAAGUCACUUAGAGACACACCUAGGGUUUAGUUUGAAGGAUCUGUCAAAGUUGCCACUUAAUCAGAUUCAAGAACAGCAGAAUGUUUCAAAAGUCCUCGCAAACAAGACUUUGGGCUCACUUGGAAUAGCUGAGGAGGACUUAGGCUCCACAUUCCAGUGUAAGCUCUGUAACCGAACUUUUGCAAGCAAGCAUGCAGUCAAACUGCACCUUAGUAAAACACAUGGCAAGUCCCCAGAGGACCAUCUGAUCUAUGUAACUGAGUUAGAAAAACAAUAGCGUCCAGGUAAGCAGCCAGGUAUGCAAGUGACCACAGGAACAUUGCACUAAACUUCUUCAUAGUACUGCACUAGGCCUGACCUGAGCCUCUGAAAUCAGUCUUACUUUUGUUGCUGAACUGCCUAUCUGGACCUUGGUUUUUCUUACACUUAUUUUGUAGUUAUAUUUAUAUGCUCUUUGUCUGAUCUGUGCAUGGUUAUUUUUGUUUCUGUUUUUAUUUUUUGUGAGUCAAAGUCUGACCUUUAUUUUCAACAUCUGUCCUUGAUGUUAAGCUAUCUUUUGUAGAAUAUAGUGGGAGACACUAUUGAGAGACAUUAAUUUAGCCGUAAAGAAAGACACAAAGAACAAUGAUAAAGAGACAUCCUAAAAUUACAAAGUUGCCAUGACAAUAAAGGUCACAGAACCUGGUAGUGUCAAGUUUUAACCCUCUGAGAACUGUAAUAGCAUUUCUGUGCCUUUCCCAGUGACUAAAUAAGUAAAUAAGGAAAAACAAAACAAAAGGCUUAAAGGCAUUUCAUUCAAAUAAAAGCUGUGUCAGAAACAGAACUUAUUUUUUUUAAAUGAAUGAGCUUUUUUUUUUUUUUUUUUUUUUUUAAUGCAGAACUGGUUUGUGAAGAAAUUGUGCAUGCAGUCCUUGGAAGAAGGAGAGCUGUGUAGUAUACAAGGGGUUAGGAAGCCACAACUGUAUAAGUUAAAUAAUAAUUAAAAAAUAAAUAAACCAAGUUGCCACUAUGCCCAAACCCUCUGGAUGCUGAGAAUUGCCACUUUUUGGCCAAAAAAGAAAAAAAAAGAAAAAAAAAAAAAAAGGUAUGCAAGCUGUUAUUUAAAACAAGUGUAAAAAUGCUCCUUUCUUUCCUUUUUUUUUUUUUUUUUUUUUUUCCUGUAAAAUACUGCAAUUUAUAGUUAUUUACAAAUGUUAAGCUUUGGUACAAGCUGACCUUUCUAUAGUGUGCUGCAUUGGUAAAUGAAAACAAAAAAAUGGGGCAAAUGUUGGAUUCUGUUCCUUGUAAAUUGCCAGCAUCAGCUUAAAAAAUACAUGUUACAUAUCGUACCAUUUUAAACUGUUCAACUUUCUUUGUACCUUCUGGCUGUAUGCUUUCUCUUUUAACUUUUUAUAUUGUCAUUUUAUAUUCGAUUUCUGUGUAUAUAAUGUAAAACCACACUUUUUGAAUAAAAUUUAGUUCCUGCAGCUUGAUAUAAAUAGAGAAAUUUUACUGGCACCUGCAUCUUUCCAGAUGCAUGUACUUAAAGGAACUAUCUGACAAAAAAAAUAAAUAAAUAAAAAUAAAGCAAGCAAUGCACUAUGAAUUAUACAUUUUGAUGUUUUAUCAUUAAUAUUGUACAGUACAUUUUGGUUCACACAAUUAAAUCCACUGUUUUCUCAAGUGUAAAAUAAACCCACAUGCAGUUCUUGAUUUACA